UCUUGCUAUAAACUGCAUAUCUUCCUCAAAGUUUGUUCCUACGACUCACUUUUGCUGUAAAAAUUAUAGCUUUCUUGGUUUGUGGAUGUCUUUGAUUUGACUCGAUAUUUGCUUUGGAGCUCGACUAAUGAUGACUCCCGCCGUGUAAGGCCUAGCCUAUUAGAGAGAAGUGCUGCCUAAAAGGAUUUUUUUCAUAUGCUUGGGGCAGGAACACGAAACUUCUGAUUGAGAGUGUCUUUGAUUUUGGCUAGUAUUUGCUUUAGAGCCCGACUAAUGGUGAUUCGCGCGGUGCGAAGCCCGGCCCAUAUAAGGAAAGGUUGUUGGUUUUAUUUGUUCAGUUUAUGCAUAUGGGUUUUUUGUUAAAAAGGUUGUUGGUUGAUCCACUGAAGAAUUAAGUCUAUUGAAAAAUGACUUCCAAGAACAGAGGAGUAACAGAAAGGCCUUCAAGAAGUGUAGUUUCUAAAAAAUGGAGUCUUUUUCUUUGUCUUGGGAGUUUUUGUGCUGGAAUGAUCUUCACAAACAGAAUGUGGAUUAUUUCUGAAACAAAAAGUGGAAUUACAAGAACAACUACCGUUGAAGCUGAAAGAUUGAAGUUAGUUUCAGAAGGUUGCAUUACAAAAUUUUUUCAGCAGAAAGAUAUAAAACUGGUAUCUAAAGAUAUUUUUGGGAAAGUUACUAACUCACAUCAUGCUAUUCAGACAAUAGAUAAAACAAUUUCAAAUUUGGAGAUGGAGUUGGCUGCAGCAAAGGCAGCACAAGAGUCGAUUCUUAGUAGGGUUCCAAUAUCAGAAGGAAUCGACAAGGGCGAAUCACGAAGAAAAAGAAAAUAUUUUAUGGUGGUAGGAAUAAAUACCGCGUUUAGUAGCAGAAAAAGAAGGGAUUCAAUUCGCGCUACAUGGAUGCCACAAGGUGAAAAACGAAGGAAGCUGGAAGAAGAGAAAGGAGUAAUCAUUCGCUUCGUCAUUGGUCAUGGUGCCACGUUAGGGGGCAUAUUAGACAGAGCUAUUGAAGCUGAGGACAAAAAGCAUGGUGAUAUCUUGCGCCUGGAUCAUAUUGAGGGUUAUCUUGAAUUGUCCGCCAAGACGAAGACUUAUUUUGCCACAGCUGUUAACUUGUGGGAUGCAGAGUAUUACAUUAAGGUUGAUGAUGAUGUUCAUGUCAAUAUAGCUACACUAGGGGAAACAUUAGCAAGGCAUCGUAAGAAACCACGUAUAUAUAUCGGAUGCAUGAAAUCUGGUCCUGUCCUUUCUCGGAAGGGUGUAAGAUAUCAUGAACCAGAAUAUUGGAAGUUCGGAGACAAGUAUUUUCGUCAUGCUACUGGACAAAUAUAUGCCAUUUCGAAAGAUUUAGCCACUUACAUAUCCGAAAACCAGGAUGUACUACAUAAGUAUACCAAUGAGGAUGUGUCACUGGGAGCUUGGUUUAUUGGACUUGAUGUGCAACAUAUAGAUGAUCGCCGAUUGUGUUGUGGAACCCCACCUGAUUGUGAGUGGAAGGCACAAGCAGGCAACAUCUGUGUUGCAUCGUUCGACUGGACCUGUAGUGGGAUCUGCGGGUCUGUUUACCGUAUAAAGGAGGUCCAUCGCCGGUGUGGUGAGGGAGAGAAUGCACUGUGGAAAGCAGCAUUCUGAGGAGAUUAAUUAAAGGAAAAUAGGUCAAUAACUAUGUCAAAAUGCUACAUUCUUUUACUCGGGAGUACAUAUUAUAUAUACGAUCUAGAGGCGAAUUCAGGAUCUAGAAUCAGCGGAUCCAGAAUAAGUGUGAUCGUGUUAUAAUUAUAUAUAUUUCUCCUUUUGCA